CGGCGGAACUUAGAGUUGAGUACGUUCACGAGAACAAAUAAAAGUUUCAGAACUCCACACCUACAGAGGAAGACGGAGGUUUUUUGCAGUUACGGACGGCGUGACGGAUCGAUGAGGACCGAUCCCUAGCAGAUGAUGGAGCUCAACGUCACGGUACCGCCGGCGGGGAGCCAGCCGCCGGGGCAGGAGCAGCAAGCAGCGGGCGCGGGAAUCCUGCUUCAGAUUUCGAUGCUCGUGCUGUCGUUUGUUCUUGGCCAUCUCCUCCGCCGUCACAAGUUCUAUUACCUGCCCGAGGCCAGCGCCUCCCUCCUUAUUGGUUUAGUUGUUGGUGGUUUUGCUAAUGUUUCUAAAACAGAAAUGAAUCUUAGGAAAUGGUUCAACUUUCACGAAGAGUUUUUCUUCCUCUUCUUACUGCCUCCGAUUAUAUUUCAGUCUGGUUUCAGCUUAGCACCUAAACCAUUCUUUUCAAAUUUUGGAGCCAUUAUAACGUUUGCUAUACUGGGAACGUUUAUAGCUUCAGUUAUUACUGGUCUUUUAGUCUACCUUGGUGGAUUAAUAUUUAUCAUGUAUAGACUGCCGCUGGUUGAAUGCAUGAUGUUUGGCGCUCUUAUAUCAGCCACUGAUCCUGUGACCGUGUUAUCUAUAUUUCAGGAACUUGGUACUGAUAUGAACCUAUAUGCAUUGGUGUUUGGAGAAUCUGUUCUAAAUGAUGCAGUGGCAAUCUCUUUAUACAGGACAAUGUCAUCAGUAAGAAGCCAUGCUUCAUCUGGGCAACACUUCUUUGUGCUUAUUGUUAGGUUUCUGGAGACCUUUAUCGGUUCAAUGUCUUCAGGUGUUGGAGUUGGAUUCAUCUCUGCUCUUCUGUUUAAGUAUGCAGGGCUUGACGUUGACAAUCUCCAGAACUUGGAAUGCUGUCUAUUUGUCCUUUUCCCUUAUUUUUCAUACAUGCUCGCAGAGGGCCUCGGUCUGUCUGGAAUUGUUUCAAUUUUGUUCACAGGAGUUGUUAUGAAGCACUACACCUUCUCAAAUUUAUCUGAAAGUUCGCAACAUUUUGUUGCUGCUUUUUUCCACUUGAUAUCAUCUCUUGCAGAAACGUUCAUAUUCAUAUAUAUGGGUUUUGAUAUUGCCAUCGAACAGCAUAGCUUGUCACAUGUUGGCUUUAUCUUUUUCUCAAUUCUGUUCAUAGUGGUUGCGAGAGCUGCAAAUGUUUUUUCCUGUGCUUACUUGGUAAAUUUGGCAAGGCCAUCGAAUCAACAAAUACCCAUGAAACAUCAGAAAGCACUUUGGUAUAGUGGACUCAGAGGUGCUAUGGCCUUCGCCCUUGCUCUGCAAUCUGUACAUGACCUUCCUGAAGGACAUGGAAAAACAAUAUUCACAGCUACCACGGCAAUAGUUGUUCUAACUGUACUACUAAUAGGAGGUUCUACCGGGACCGUGCUGGAAUCUCUGGAAGUUGUUGGUGAUGUACAUGAUGAUUUAGUUGGAGAGAGUUUUGAGGAGAGCAAUGGCUACAUUGCCCCAUCUUAUGACGAGGGGGCAUCAUCUGGAAGCAGGCUCAGAACGAGACUCCAAGAAUUUCAUAGAAGUGCUGCUUCUUUCACGGCUCUUGACAAAAAUUAUCUUACUCCUUUUUUCACUAGCCAAUAUGAUGAGAGCGAAGAUCUCGAUGAGCAGCCGCAGAGGACGAGAAGAGCGGGCUUCAGAGGACAUUAGAUGUUCAACUGUGCAAUUAAUUUAUUGCAUCAAACUCAAGGUGUAAAACGAUAUGGUAAUUAACCAAAUAGUAAGCUUCUGUAUUACCGUUAUAAAUUUGCUAAUAAAAAUAAAAUGCAAUUUUCUCUUACCGU